UGCCAUUCCAAAAGUAAACAAAUGAUAAUUGCUUUAUAAAAUCGUCGAAUUCUUCUCAUAGAAAAUGUAAAUUAGGUUGUUGACGUUCCAAAAAAUAUGCGAAUAUGUAUGGUAUCAGAUUUCUUUUAUCCGAAUGUCGGAGGAGUGGAAGAGCACAUUUUCAAUUUGUCGCAAUGUCUAAUCGGAAAAGGUCACAAGGUAGUUGUUUUGACACAUGAUUAUGGGACAAGAAAAGGAGUACGUUACAUGACAAAUGGCCUUAAAGUUUAUUAUAUACCAAUACAAAUAUUCUAUAAUCAAUCUGUACUGCCCACGAUGAUAGCAAAUAUUCCUUUGAUCCGAUUCAUUUUGUUGCGAGAACGAAUUCAGAUUGUACACGGGCAUUCAGCUUUCAGUAGUUUGGCUCACGAAGCAAUGCACAUAGGUGUUUUACUCGGAUUAAAAGCUGUUUUCACAGAUCACAGUCUUUUUGGAUUUGCCGAUUUGUCUGCCAUUGUUACGAAUAAGUUGUUGGAGAUAUUGUUGUCAAAUUGUAAUCAUUGUAUAUGUGUCUCUCAUACGGGUAAGGAAAACACUGUGUUGCGAGCCAAAGUGCAUCACAGUCGUGUUUCCGUAAUUCCAAAUGCUGUCGAUACCGCACGAUUUGCCCCUGAUCCAAAUAAUCGCCCAAAGAAUAAAACCAUCAAUGUGAUAAUAAUCUCCAGAUUAGUUUAUCGUAAAGGAGUAGAUUUAUUAGCUGAAGUAUUACCGCGUUUCAAGCAUUACAACAAUGUAAAUUUCAUUAUUGGCGGUGACGGACCAAAGCGAGAGCUUUUGGAAGAAAUCCGAGAAAAAGCAGAUAUGCAAGAUCGUGUAAAAAUUUUAGGUGCUUUGAAGCAUUCAGAAGUGCGGGAUGUUCUUACAAAAGGUCAUAUCUUUCUCAAUACUUCACUGACAGAGGCUUUUUGUAUGGCAAUUGUCGAAGCAGCUUCAUGUGGCUUGCAAGUUGUUUCUACAAAAGUAGGAGGAAUCCCUGAAGUAUUAUCGCCUGAGCUUAUUAUAUUAACUGAGCCAACAGUAGAUUCUGUAGAAAGAGGACUUAAAGCUGCAAUAGAGCGACAAAUAUUGUUUCGGCAAGAAAACAAGAAUACCAUCAAAAACGGAUGCUAUUCCAACGGAAAGGGUUCUAAUGGAACAAAUAACAACAAUCAUAACAUUAGAAUACACAAGCGCGUUCACAGUGACGGCGGUCGAAAAGAUCAAUACAAUAGAACAGAAAAUAGUCAAAACUCUCCUAAUCAUAAACGUACUAUCAGUGCUGGCAACAAAAACGAAAUGAAUUUGUUCAAAAAAUAUCACGUAGAACCAUUAUGUCCAUAUAAAUGUAACAAUAUUGUAUCCAAUUUAUAUAGCUGGCAAAAUGUCACAAUGCGAACUGAAAAAGUUUACCGUCGAGUCUUGCGAGAACCAUCAAAAACUCUCGGGGAAAAUUUAGUAAGCUUUCUCAAAACUGGAGUUUAUCCCUUUCUGUUAGUCGUCUCUUUGACAAGAAUCAUCCUCUUAUUAUUGGAUUAUUUUGUUCCGAGAGAUCACAUAGACAUAUGCAGAGAGUAUAAAUCCCAUGGAAACAUCAAUAGAAGUAAAAGUCUACGAAAAUGAUGUCAAUUAAAUUAAGUAACUACCGUCGUCGUAUUAAUCAUUGAGAUGUCAAACAACAUUUUUUUUACAUAAUUAUUUGUAUGUACUUUGUGUAGAAAAAGCAAACAAAUGUUAA